GCCUUAAGUCAACAAUGUUGCAUGCAACACAUAUUAAUAUGUAAUAGUUACAUGCAAAAUGUUAGCAGACGAGACGAUACUGCUGCCAUAAAUCUCACAUACUAAUUCAAUUUAUGGCAGUUGAAAUUUGCUAUGCGACCUUUGCGCAACAUGAAAAGGAUCGAGGGCUCUGCGUUUGCAAUAACACACUUUCUCAGCACUUGGCAGCAGUGCUAUGCACUAAUGAACGAGCACCAGGAAACAGCUAACAGUGUUAUAUUUCUGCGACCGCCAGCUGAAAUGGGUCCGGAACCAUGGAUUUCAGGCAUAGACUGUCUAGAGGCGUUCACGAAGAUUGUCUUUACGAAUCGUGUGCGUCUAACACGUUCCUACAAUAUGCUCAUAACGAAUAGCUAUAACAUUUCUUCACCUGCAUUGGAGAUACAAGAUGGUUUUAUAAAACUGAUCAACGAGGCUAUCACGCAAAGUACAGAGCGGGGACGUCGUUUCUAUCAGCUGCGCACUGUAUUUGAUAAUGAACCAUACGUUAAGCAGAAGUUGGGUGACAGUGCUGUUAUCUUCACCGAUUACUACGUCAUCAUCUUGGAUAGUGUAGAGUUGCUACGAGUGCUUAUGAGAGAUUUCAUUAGUCGUAUGGUUUCAUGGAACCCAGGCGCGCGUUUCCUACUGUUAUACAAUAAUCCACUGAGACGGGAUAGUGAACACGAAAUUGCAAUGGAACUUUUUACACUUUUACAAAAACAAUACUAUGUGCAUCAAAUAGGUCUACUCUACUCCACCGGCCGGGUUGAUUACUCUUUCUUAGUCAUGGACUACUACAACAAUGCAAAUUGCCGCACAAUCCGCGUGUCGAAAAUCGGCGAAUGCAAGAACGGAAUACCACAACCAACAGCUGCCGAAGUAAAGAGGAAGUUACGUAGAUUCGAAAGAGAUAUAGAGAUAAAAAACUGCACGUUUAAAAUGUGUGCUGCCGUCUCAGCGCCCUUUGUCGAAAGAGAUUGCAGAACUGGUUUGGAGUUGCUCAUUGUGAGUUUUAUGCGAAGCCGACUGAAUUUCAAGAUCCAGCAAACUUGCGAAGAGGAAAAUAGGGGCGUGCGUGAAGAAAAUGGCACCUGGACAGGCUUACUUGGCAAAUUAUUUGACCGUGACUGUGAUUUUGUACUUGGCGGCUUCUAUCCUGAUGAUGAGGUAAAUGAAAAUUUUUGGGCUUCCACAUGUUACCUCUCCGAUAGCUACACUUGGUUUAUAAAACUUGCCGAUCCUAGGCCUGCCUGGAUUGCACUAUUGCACAUUUUUAAAGAGGAAACUUGGAUAUGCUUCAUAGUGUUGCUGCUUCUUACCUGGAUCUUUUGGUACUUCUUUGUCAACAUGCUUCCCGAACCAAAAGAUCACAAAGAUUUUUCGCUAGCAGGUAUCAAUGCAAUGGCAGUGUCUAUUUGUGUGACUGUAGAGGAGCGGCCGGAAUGUUUUGCAUCUAGAAUUUUCUUUCUCGCAGCGACUUUUUAUGGCAUGAAUGUUGUGGCUAUCUACACCUCAAAGCUAAUUUCCGUAUUUACUGAUCCCGGAUAUCUACACCAAAUACACGAUCUCGAAGAAGUCAUUGCAGCUGAUAUAGCGUUCGGUGGCCCAGAUGAAAAUCAAGACUGGUUUCAAAAUGAGGAUGAUAUUUGGAUAUUCGAUAAAUACAAUGACUCUGAUCUUUUCAUACCCAACUCUGAAAAUCUCCAUGCUGUUAGGCAUGGUGAACGGGUAAUACUUGCAAGCCGCAUGUACGUCUUGCAAGACCGAAUAGCCGACGAAGUUUUUGCAUUUCCAGAGAACGUGUUUACUACCCCGCUGCAGAUCAUAACGAAAGCAGGGUUUCCGUUAAUACCUGAUUUCAACUGGUUGAUAGGUGCUAUGAGCGAUCACGGUAUAUUCCAGAAGCUCGAAAAUGAUUUCCGCUACAACAAUACAUAUCUCAAUCGAAUUUCCCGCAUGAGACCAGAUUUCAAAGAAUCUGCGAUUGUACUGACAACAGAUCAUUUGAAGGGCUCGUUCUCUAUUCUUUUCGUUGGCAUUGUUGGUGGCAUAAUAUUGUUUGUUUGUGAACUCUUUUAUUAUUGGAUUUUGGCACCUCGUUUACGUCGGGGUAGCAAAGAAAAGAAAUUGAAGGAAACUAAAAUGAAGCACACGAAGGAAAAACGGAGAAACAAACUGGACCAUGAAAAGAAACCAGCAAAGAAAAAUAAAAAAAGACAUUUGUGUUGGCCUUUUAGGAAAUUCGCGGGAAAGAAAAUUGUUGCUCUUAAGAAGAAAAAAGCAAAGCACAGAGCACGUUUGGACAAUAAAACUCACGAAAUUGUUGUUGCAGAGAGUCUACGAUUUACUCCAAUCAAACGUCGACAUAUCGAUUUACAUGGAUUCUACUAAAGAGAUUUUCAUAUAAUU